AUGUUCGCCCAACCCAAGAGGGAAGUGCUGAAACCACCCCAAGGGGAAGAGCUUCUCCCAAAUAGAAGCAAGGAGGGGACGGGGAAAACCCAUGCGGAAGGAGGGAAGGAGAAUGCUCAACCCAAAGAAGGGAAAGAAGGAGCCCAGUCCAAAGCAGGGAAAGAGGUAGCCCAGUCCAAAGAGGGGAAAGGGAAUGCUCAACACAAAGGAGGGAAAGACAGUGCCCAGCCAAAAAAAGAGAAAUUGAAUGCCCAACCCAAAGCAGGGAAAGAGAAUGCUCAACUCAAAGGAGGGAAGGAGAAUGCUCAAUCCAAAGGAGGGAAGGAGAAUGUGCCGCCGGGGGAGGAUGGCCAGCAGGACCUAGCGAGGCCAGAUUCCAGUCAGAAGAAUAAAAAAAAGCCAAAGAAGAAAGUAAAAGGCAAGGAAAACCCACUGACUACUGGACCAAACCCGACCACAAACUAUGAAGACCCUCAGGCUGGUGAAGGGGCAGAGACCAAAUCCGGGCCGAAGCCUUCUCGGAGGAGGAAAGAGAAGGCUGGUGGAGGCCAGGACCCUAAGGGUCGGCGGAACGGGAAAAAACUGACUCCAUAUCAAGGGAAAUGGCGUGGUUUUGGGCUGUAUUAUUGCUCGAAAUGCACCUGGGAAUGGAGAAGUGCGUACAGCUGGGCCAAUAUGGGGCAAGGUUGCACUAACUGCCUCACCUACGUCUAUCCUUACCGACAGGUGCAUUACUCGCUGGAAUUUACUACUUGA